GGAUUCCCUCUGGCUCCUCCCAGGGUGGAACUUGCCCAGCAGGGGCCAGCAGGACUCCAGCCUGCAGUGCCAGGACUGCCAGGCACAGCCCAGGGCAGCAGGCAUGGAGUGCCAGGCUCCAAGUCCAGGAACCACAGAGCCUGCUGUGAGAGCCCAGCUCAGGGGUGUCUCAUGGAUAGGAAUUACAGGUGCCAGCAUGUGUGACUGGGACAGCCUCAAAAUAACCAAGGGCUAGAAACCAAGGCACAGUCAACUGAUGCAAUAGUCACAGAGCUGUAAAGCAGGGACCAAUCUAAGCCUGCUGAAAUGACAUUAAGGAGCAGUACUUGCUCCCUCACCAGUUUUCUGAGAAGUUACUGCAGCAGGAAGGAAGAAAUGCUCCAUUUGUUCAGCCCUAUUUUAUCCUUCAGUGCAGCAGCAGUUGCUUGAAUGAACAAGAUGUUUAAAAGCUGGUAAAUGAGAAGCCAGUGUUGGUUAUUAGCCAUGGGGGAAAUUUUAAAUCAGCUUCUGUAAUGCCUAAAUAUGAGCUGAUUUAUUGGCCUUGUCCACAGAGAAAAGCUACAAUAGCUUUUUAUAUAUAUUAAUAGGGUUAAUAUUUGCUAACAGUGAAGUACAUCACAAUAAAGGGGAGGGGAAGGCAGGGAAGCUGGGGUGCCUCGUAGCUGAGGACGUUCAAGGCCAGGUUGAGUGGGGUGGAGGCAGUGCUCCAGUGGAAGUGUCCCUGCCCAUGGCAGAGGGGGUGGAAUUAGUCACUGUGGGCUUUGCCCAUCUGCAUUAGCAGCAUCCGUGGUAUUUCUCUCUUUGCCAAUAAUUUAAACGGCAAUGCCGAGUAAAGCAGCGAGCUCUGGACGUGCUGCUGAGUGAGACCCAAGCGCUCCUCUUGCCACGGCUCUGCCCUCCCUCCCGGCUCUGUCGGGGCUGGGAGCAGCGGUGCCGCCUGUUUCCGAAAUGCUGUGUGCAUCUCCGGGCUGUUUCUGUGAAGGGAAAGUGCUGUGUGCAUCUCCCGCUGUUUCCCGAUGGGUUCUGUGAAAUGCUGUGUGCAUCUCCCGCUGUUUCCCGAUGGGUUCUGUGAAAUGCUGUGUGCAUCUCCCGCUGUUUCCCGGUGUGUUCUGUGAAAUGCUGUGUGCAUCUCCGGGCUGUUUCCCGGUGGGUUCUGUGAAGGGAAAGUGCUGUGUGCAUCUCCUGCCUGUUUCCCGGUGGGUUCUGUGCAGUGCUGUGUGCAUCUCCGGGCUGUUUCCCGAUGGGUUCUGUGAAAUGCUGUGUGCAUCUCCGGGCUGUUUCUGUGAAGGGAAAGUGCUGUGUGCAUCUCCCGCCUGUUUCCCGAUGGGUUCUGUGAAGGGAAAGUGCUGUGUGCAUCUCCCGCUGUUUCCCGAUGGGUUCUGUGAAAUGCUGUGUGCAUCUCCGGGCUGUUUCCCGAUGGGUUCUGUGAAAUGCUGUGUGCAUCUCCGCGCUGUUUCCCGGUGUGUUCUGUGAAAUGCUGUGUGCAUCUCCCGCUGUUUCCCGGUGGGUUGUGUGAAGGGGAAGUGCUGUGUGAUCUGGGCAGCCCAGCCCGCAGAUCCCGCCUUCCCCGGCCUCAUUAAUGAUUGAAUCCUGCGCACACGCGGCUGCCCCGGGAUCCCCGGCUCUGUCCGCACCUGCAGCUCCACUGCCGGCCAUGGCUGUGAACGAGAGCAGUGACUGCUUUCUGACCAACAGGGUGCUAGAAAAGUAUUAUCUCUCCACCAUGUACAGCCUUGAGUUCAUUGUAGGUGCCAUUGGAAACACCAUUGUGGUGUUUGGUUAUAUUUUCUGCCUGAAAAAAUGGAAAAGCGGCAACAUCUACCUGUUCAAUUUGUCCAUAUCAGAUUUGUUAUUUCUGUGCACUCUGCCAAUACUGGUGAACAGCUACUCCCAAGAUCAGUGGACAAACGAGGGCAGCCUGUGCCACAGUAACAGAUUCCUGCUGCAUGCCAACCUGUACAGCAGCAUCCUCUUCCUCACGGCCAUCAGCGUUGACCGGUACAUGCUGAUCAAACACCCCUUCAGGGACCACCCCCUGCAGAAGAGGAAAACAGCUCUCCUGGUGUCCAUUGCCAUAUGGGUUGGGGUGAUCCUGGAGCUGCUGCCCCUGCUGCAUUUCCUGGAGCCUCUGUCAGCCUCCAAUGAUUACAAGUGUCUGGAUUACGCGAGCUCUGGGGAGCCGGUGACAAACCUGAUCUACAGCUCCUUCCUGACAGUCUUCGGCUUCCUCAUCCCCCUCCUCACCAUGUGCUGCUUCUACGUGAAGAUGGUUCGUUUCCUGAAGAGCAGGAGGGAGCAGCUCAGCUCUGCCCUGACGCUGGAGAAGCCCCUCAGCCUGGUGAUCCUCACCAUGGGGAUCUUCUCGCUGCUCUUCACCCCGUACCACGUCAUGCGCAACGUCCGCAUCGCCGCGCGCAUCCCGGCCCUGAGCGUCCCUGCGAGCACGCAGGCCACCAUCACCACCAUCUACAUCAUCACCAGGCCCUUUGCCUUCCUCAACAGUGCCAUCAACCCUGUCUUCUAUUUCCUGAUGGGUGACCACUUCAGAGAGAUGCUGAUGGCCAAAGCAAGGCAGCUGUGGGGCAGGCUGACGAGAAGGGAAGUGAAGGAGUAACCAGGGCCCCUGCGGGGGGAGAGGUCUGGGAGGAAACUCUCUAGGGAGAGCAUUCAGCAAUGUGCCAUUGUUUUUUAGAUAACUGUAUUUAUACAGUAGAAUAGGUAUCAGCUUGUUGUGUUCCUCUAAAUGCACCUCUUACCUUAAUGUACUUCUUGAGAGUUUUUGAGACUUCUGCUGAGCUGCCUCCAGCACACCAGGAGGGAGGCUCUGCUGGCUCCCAGCAGGGCCCUGCUCUGGCCUGGGAUACCCCAUGGCCAUUAAUACUGCAAUCAAAAGGCCAUCAAGUCAGCUCUUGGAGGGAAAACACUCUGCUCUCAGACUGCUGCUUUGUGAGUCACAACGUGGGCCUGGGAUGGGACAGAAUGUGCCUCACACGUCACCAGGACAGGCAGGCACACUCACACAGGCACUUCCCAGGGAUGGAGUCACCUAUCCUCAAUAGGACUGUCUGUAAGUGCCCUGGGAUCUAUAGCCUGAAGCAGAAUUUAGACCUCGGAGUUCAAACUUCAUUAGCAGUUCUGCUAAUGAACCAGGAGCUAAUGAGGAGCCAGUGCCUGCCUGAUCCCUGCAGGAUCGAUCAGCAGCACAAGUUACUCUGCCAUGGACUGACCUGACUUCAAACAAGAUCAAUGGAGCAAUGAGCUCAUGGAGCUGGGG